GUUGAGCAAACGGGAGACCCUUCACGUCUCAACAACUCUGGAGUUGGAAAUGACUCCUUACGCAAGGCUACGGAAGAGAGGAACUGGACUGAUAUUGUGGCACAAAGUUAGUAAAGUUUUUUUUUUAAAUGUUUAAACUCAACUGAUACAAAAAACAGUGGAGUAAUAUUGACCAUGUCAAUGAAGAAUAUAUUCUCGACAGUGUUGCGGGAAUAAAGUGUCCUUCCUCCUGGAAUCCCAGCAUCUGCCGAGUCAUCAGUAGUGAGUUAGGGUGUCAUGGCCGCCAGGUCCCGGACAUGCAGAAGUCACCCCUCAUAGUGCUUCCCCCCAGCCAACCACUUGCAAACACACACACGUAGGAGGAGGAGCAGGAGAAGGCGCAAGGGUGAUAAUGAUAACCACAUCCUAUAUGAACGGUCACAUGACUGAGUCAGACGGAAGAGGAGGAGUUGAGGCCAACCAGGAGGAGCCCCAGCAGUGGAACAGGGAGAUGGCGGUGGACUGCCCGGGGGACCUGGGUGCUCGUACCCUGCCUGUGAGGCGCUCUGCCCAGCUGGAGAGGAUCCGUCAGCACCAGGAAGACCUGAGGAGGAGGAAGGAGGAGGAGGGCAGGAACAGACAGGAGCUGGAUCUGACCGCCUCCAUACGGCUCAAGAAGCUGUCUCAGAACCCCAAGGUGGGCAUCGAUAACCCCACCUUCGACCCCAUCGAGGGCCCUGGAGGGCCACUGGGACUGCCACCUAACCUGGGGGCCCCCACUCUACUGGAGUUGGAGGAGCUGCUGAUGUCCCUGAAGCAGGUGCAGCACUGCCUGUCUGAUGGCCAGAGCCAGGAGGACGUGGAGCUGGUGCUGCAGCUGGUCCAGAAGACUGACUUCCAGAAGGCCUUCAACAUCCACAACGCUGUGGCCCAGCACAUGAACAGGCCCAGCCCGCCCUUCCCACACACAGACCGCGCUCAGGGCCUGGCACACGAGGUCCAGUCUAUGGUUCAUAACAGCCAACACAAGGAGGGCUUGGAGCUCAACACCCUGCUCUCCUCACCACAUGUCCAGGCGGUGCUUCUGGCCCAUGACUGUGUUGCGGAGCAGGAGAUGCAGCUGGAGCCCCUGACACUGGACGGCCCCUAUGAGGCUCUCACCCAGUGGGGAGGGGAGACCGUCAAGAUAGUCCGCAUGGAGAAGGCCAGGGACAUCCCACUGGGUGCGACAGUGCGUAACGACAUGGACAGCGUGGUAAUAAGCCGCAUCGUGAAGGGCGGGGCGGCGGAGCGCAGCGGGCUGCUGCAUGAAGGAGACGAGGUUCUGGAGAUCAACGGAGUGGAGAUCAGAGGGAAGGACGUCAACGAGGUCUUCGACAUCCUGGCCGAAAUGCACGGCACCCUGACCUUCAUCCUUAUCCCCAGCUCACAGAACAAACCCCCGCCCAUCAAAGAGACUGUGGUCCAUGUGAAGGCUCACUUUGAUUACGACCCGUCUGAUGACCCGUACGUGCCGUGCAGGGAACUGGGCCUGUGCUUCCAGAAGGGAGACAUCCUCCACAUCAUCAGCCAGGACGACCCCAACUGGUGGCAGGCCUACAGGGACGGAGACGAGGACAACCAGCCCCUGGCCGGGCUAGUACCAGGCAAGAGCUUCCAGCAGCAGAGAGAGGCCAUGAAGCAGACCAUAGAAGAGGAUAAAGAGCCUGAGAAGUCGGGAAAGCUGUGGUGUGCUAAGAAGAACAAGAAGAAGAGGAAGAAGCUCCUUUACAACGUCAAGCAGAAUGACGACUACGACAGUGAGGAGAUCCUGACCUAUGAGGAGAUGGCGCUCUACCACCAGCCAGCCAAUCGAAAGCGACCCAUCGCCCUAAUUGGUCCUCCCAACUGUGGGCAGAACGACUUGAGACAGAGACUGCUGUCCAGCCAGCCAGACAGAUUUGGGGGAGCUGUCCCACACACGACGCGGAACAGGCGUGAUGUGGAGGUGAGUGGGAGAGACUACCAUUUUGUCUCCCGCCAGGCCUUUGACAUGGACGCCACUGCGGGGAAGUUCAUUGAGUCGGGAGAGUUUGAGAAGAACUUGUACGGAACCAGCACCGACUCUGUCCGCCAACUCAUCAACACGGGCAAAAUCUGCCUGCUCUGUCUGCACACACAGUCGUUGAAGACUCUGCGUAGCUCAGAUCUGAAGCCUUACAUUAUCUUCAUCGCUCCUCCCUCCCAAGAACGGUUGCGAGCACUCCUGACCAAAGAGAGCAAGAACCCAAAGCCAGAGGAGCUGCGUGACAUCAUCGAGAAGGCCCGUGAGAUGGAGCAGAACUUUGGCCACCUGUUUGAUGCAGCCAUCGUGAACACAGACCAGGACAAGGCCUAUCAGGAACUGCUGAGGCUGAUCAACAAACUGGACACAGAGCCACAAUGGGUCCCCUCCUCCUGGCUACGCUAAGGGCCGGGGCAGUAUAACACACCCAGAAUGCUAACCUGACUAGAGCCCUAUAAAAUCUGCAAUGCACAGAAAGUGAACGGAAUCACAGAAUGAAUACAUUGAAACAUAAUUCAACAAUAUGCUAACAUUUAUUGAACUUUGUAGGCAAUCAACUAAAUGUAUUGAAAAUGUAUUAAUUUUCCCAAGUUUAUCAUAAGACAUGAACAGAAUGCAUCAGUGAUUCUUAUUUCCUGCGAGUUUCUGAUUAAGCAAAGAGAAUUCCUCGUCUCUAUGUGCAGUGCGUGCGUUUACCACUUUGUGUAGCUGUUAGCGAUGAUGCUAAUGAAAAGUCUUCUGGUAGAUAAAAAGGCUUUCACAAAAACCUUCAGUUAAAUUUUAACUACAAAGUAGCCUAUGCUGACCUGGCAGAAUGAUAUUAUUUGCAUCAAUCCAGUGGGUAUUUGUUUGGCAAACUGUCAUCACAUGUGCGCUACAAAAACACUGCUAAACAACAGCCUCUUGCUAGCACUGGAAUUAAAGGGUAACCACACCCAAAAAUAAACAUCUAAAAGAAAAGUUCCUAGACAUCAAAAGUGGUCUCCCGAUGUGGUUUCAGCAUUGUUGUGGACUUAGAACGUCCAAUUUUAGUUGUUUUCUAUUUUAAAAAGUGUGAUUUUGAGAGUGAACCUGAAAAAACAAGGGGAAACGGAAAUCUGGAAAAACUAAACGGAGAAAACGGAAUUGGGGAAAACUUAACGGAGUCCUACAGAAUAAAAAAAAAAUGUAUAGGGCCCUACCUGAGACACACACACACACACACACACACACACACACCGCUGAAGAUUUGCCUUGACUCAAUUCUCUAACCACAAUCACUGUGAGACUGGAGGUAGAUCCUCAAUCAACACAAGCUGAAGAUGAAUGAAACAUUUACAACUCUUAUCACUAUUAUGCUGAACUGAACUCUUCUAUUCACUUCUGAGACUGCCUGGGGAAAUUCAUUUGAGUUAUUAUUGCUCUGAUCAUUUCUUUUUUCUCUCCUUUUUAUGUUUCUGUAUUUCUCUUCACUAAAUUAACUAUUUACGUUCCAGGUAAGAAGUAUGUAAAGACUUGGCACUUGUGGCAGAAAUAUAAUUAAUGCUUCUAUCCUGCUUUUGAUAAUUAUUUAUAAUUCUUAAUAUAUUGUAUUUUAAAUAAGUUUUCAAAGAUGAGGAGAAGAAGAACCCAUAGCUUCAAUGUAUGACAUAUUACUAUCCAGUCAGUGAAUGUCUCUCCUACACUACACACAGGUUGUUGUACCCAUGCUCUGUCCGUGUGUGAGGUCAGGUGUGUGUGUGUGUUCUCUAAUGUCGAACUGACAUCACUCAGCAAUAGCCUUGAGUGUUGGCAGUAAGGUGCCUCUGAUCUCUAACAGAGCAGAUGGGAAUGGGAUUAGGCUACUACAAGUAUCAUCAUGGAUGGGAUUUGUUCACCUAAUAAAACUAUCUGUGAGGUGAUAACACCCAGGUGUAGGAUUACAUUAUCUCAGCAUCUGGGCUCUCUUUCUACUGCAGCAGCCCUGGGUUCAAAUACAAUUUGAAUCAUUUCAAAUACUUUAGCUGUGCUUGAUUGAACAAUAGAAUAGUCCCACAUGGGCAAACCCUACCCCUAUCUGGCACUCCAGGUAGAUGAAAGAAAAACCUCAAAGUAUUUGAAUUAUUUCAAAUGCUAUUUGAACCCAGGUCAGCACUACCCUACAGCACAGCACAUUGCUGGAGGUUUAUCUAACUGGUGUUUUGGACAUCACAAUAAUUAGACAGAUCUGAGAGGUGCUUAAGAGUCACUGCCUCAUUCUAAUCUACUUGCCUUAUACCCUUUUCAAACUAUCGUGCCAAUCAACACUACUGUGCUGGCUCUGAUAUUUUCUUUUCACAUUGUCCCUCCAGCAUGGUUCCAGAAACUGGUGGGUCGUAACCAGGCCAGUUCUGCUCAUUUUGGAUUGGCUCGGUACUAGAGAAUAAAAAAACUAGCCCUAACACCACCUCUCACCUCUACCCAAGCGCUAUAGGGUGUAUUUAUUACGUUUUGCAAACCAUUUACCGUUUUAAGAACCAAACUGAAACAAAUGGAAGUAAAUGGGGAGGGACCUACCUGAAUUUAUACGAUAGACAUUUUGUCGUUCCAAAGCGUUUUCUGUUUGUAGUAAAUGGUUUCUGUUGCUAAAUGCUUUGCAACAAACUAAACGUUUUACAACAGAAUCGGCGUAAAUAAUAUACCCCUAGUCAUAACUAAAUACAAAAAACUGUCCUGUCCAGAAUCACAGGAUUUAAACCAACAUUGAUGAUAAUGAAGAAGGAUUAUUAGAGGUGUUUAAAAGUUUUGACACUAAACCCCUCUGGGGUAGCUUUUGUUUUAUUUCAGUAUUCAUCAUGCAUAGUUCCUGUUCUACUCUGUAGGAGUGUAACCAUAGUGAAUGUAACCAGCACUAUUCUAUUCACAGAAAACACUAAAGAAUAUCUGAGCACCGCUGUCUGUGGGAUUAUCUUAAUUAUCAAUACUUUGUUUGAAAUCAAUGCAUUUUCUAAUUCACUGAGAUUCGUUAUGAACGAUCCAGCUAUGCUGUAUUUUUAAUCUGAUGGUUUUCACCACAGGUGAUAUUUUAAAUAUGUGACAUACAUUUUUUUCUGUGUUUUGUUUUCAGAGCUGUUAUUGAAAUGCGUCUGUGAAAUGAACUUAAACGAACCAAUAAGCCUAAAUGCGGGGAAAAAUAGCCUACAAUUUCAUAAAAAUAGUGUGUGUGUGUGUGUGUGUGUGUGUGUGCGUGCGUGCGUGCGUGCAGAGGCAGGACUCGCUGAAAUGCAGGCAAGUAUUAUCUCUAGUGGACACAAUGGGAAAACAGUCUUAACAAAGAUCUGUUUCACAUAUUAUAACAGCAUUUUAAUUUGGGUUAUUAUUGAUGAUAUUGUGGUGUCUAGAUAUUUGACAUUGAUAUAUAUGUAAUGUUAAAAAUAGAUGUAUUAUGUACAGAGUAAUGCACCUGUAGAACGAUCGCUCUGCCACCCUUCCAUCCCUCCCUAUUGCUUCUGGAACCAGAACUGAGGUUUACGUAGAGUUCUGCUGGUACUGUCUCCAGGACCCGCUCAAUACAAGCCUGAUCCCAGAUCUGUUUGUGUUCUUCCCAACUCCUCUGACUAUUUCUGUCAUGUAUGCCAUAGUCAGAGGAGUUUGUAACAAAUGGCUUUAUUCAGUGUCUCAGAGUUGGAGUACUGAUAUAGGAUCAGGUCAUCCCUGUCCAUAUAAUAUUAUUCAUUAUGAUAUCUCUUCGGUCUGUGCAGUACACACCUUGUGUAGAUGUUGAGCUGUUAAUUGGAGAUAGAGUUAUUGAAUGUAAGGUUACUAUAUUAUUUUUAUUUCUGUAGAUCUGUUUUUUGUUGGAAUUAUUGUGAAUUAAAGACCAAAUUGAUAGAA